CCCAGCAUCACCGCCAACACUGUCCUCACUGACGGAGCCAACAUGAAGACCUCCACUCUCCUUAGCCGUCCCUUCCUGCUGGUGGUAGCAUUAGCGGUGUCCUGGACUGCGGCUGUUCCUCUGCAGGACACAAGUUUCCUGCAGGACAUCCGCUCCGACGAGCAGCUGCAGGAGUUUCUGGAGAACAAUCCCUCUGUGGCACUCCAGAUGUACCCUGACCUCCUCCGGGAAGCCUCUCAGGUGCUGGUGGUCGUUGAUCCAGACGUGGUGGUGGAGAUGCUGAGACAGAGGAGCCUGGAGGCGGCGGACACGCAGGAGAAGCAGCAGGAAGAGCAGCAGGAGGAGGCGGAGGAGAAUCACGACCGCAAAAAGAGACAGGCCACUUUCGACUUUGGAAUGAAUCGAGGACCCUACGGCAGGGACUACCAUGCCAGUGCAGGCUAUAACCACCACUUCAACAGCGGCAGGAGCUCCGUCGGUGUCAACGCCCACAGGAACUGGGGCAGCAGCGGCAAGUCCCACGGAUUCGGGAUCAGCUUCUCGCACAGGUUCCGUUGAGGGUACCGGCCAGCACAGACCUUAAUUCUUUUUAGGUCUCUCGCCAAAACACCAAGAAAACCUCUGUAAUGACAAACUCCACUACGCUCAACACUGGCAGGGAACAGAGAAUCUAAUGAUGAUCCGUAUGGAAAUAUAUUAAUGGAUCAUAUUGAUUCCUAUUUAUAUUUGAAAAAAUAAAUGUCUUACUUAUGUA